CUUCAACCACACCCUCGCUUCGCCUCCUCUCUCCCCUGGCCACUCCGUCUUCCCUCUUCUUUGCUCUCUCUCUCUCUCUCUCUCUCUCUCUCUCUCUCUCUCUCUCUCUCUCUCUCUCUCUCUCUCUCUCUCUCUCUCAGACCGAUUCAGCAAUCUUGGGGUGCGCCGGCGGCGGACCGGAGCACGGCGGCCGGGGAAAGCAACCGCAGGGGCUCGCAAGUGCCGGCGGUAAAGGCAAAGCCCCCGGCACCUUCUCUGAAAGACGCUGAGUAAAGAAUCUACAAGAUGAUGGCUCCUGAGUUAGUUGAGCAGUAUACAAACAUCAGCCUGGGAGAAGAAAUAGAGUUAUGUGAUUUUAGACUUGCACUCAAGGUACUGCGAAAGAAGAUCCUUAGUUUGGAUUUUCAGAACUCCUUACAUGUUCAUGAUCCACAGAACUCUUUUGAGUACUUAGAAGUGCUCUACAAAUUACGCCAACUGUCUGAAAGGUUAGGUAAUUUGGACCCUGGCGGAGAAGCCAAAGAGCACAAGGAAGUCACCAUAUAUGCUGAUGACCUUUUUGAAAUGGCAAUGGCAAGGCUUGAAGAAGAGUUUGUUUACCUUCUUACAUACUACAAGCAACCAUUAGAACAGGAACUUCUCUCCUUCCGUUCUACAGAGGAUGGCAGCACCGAUGAAUUUUCAUGCAGCUCAUUCAGUGAGGAACAAAGUGAAGGGAAAUCAACACAAACUGGUAGUAGCGGAGGAUCUGAAUAUUUUGUGGCUGAUUUGAUUCAACCUGGUGCACUGUCUGCUGUCAAGUCCAUUGCUAACUUCAUGUUCCUGAGUGACUACAGUAACGAGUGUUGCCAGGCAUAUAUAAAUGCACGACAAGGUGCAAUAGAUGAGUUCGUUGGGUCUCUUCAUAUAGACAAGCACAGUAUAGAAGAACUUUUGAGCACUAAAUGGAACAAGCUGAGCUCAUCAAUAAAGAGGUGGAACCGUGCAAUGAAGUAUUUUGUCCGAGUCUACCUUGCAAGUGAGAGGCGCCUUAGCAGUCUAAUCUUUGGCGAGCUUUCAGAAUCAGCUGUGGACUUGUGCUUCUAUGAGAUCUCAUUCAGCUCGGUCAUGCAGCUCCUGAGCUUUUAUGAAGCGGUGGCAAUUGGAGAGCCUAAACCAGAAAAGCUUUUCCGUAUUCUUGACAUGUAUGAAGUCCUAGAUGAUCUUCUCCCCGAAGCAGAGUUCUUGUUUCAGGCAGGAGGCAGUGAUAUGGUUUUAACUGAGUAUAAUGAAGUCCUACUCCAACUGGGAGAAUCAGCAAGGAAAACAUUUGCAGAAUUCAAGUAUGCCAUCCAAUCAUACACGUCAUCCAGUGCAGUUCCUACUGGUGCGGUGCAUCCUCUUACAAAGUAUGUUAUGAAUUUUAUAAAGGCUGUCACAGUUUACAGCAAAACUCUUGAUUCGCUUCUCAAGGACACAGAUCAACGGCAUCAUCAUUUCUCUGCUGACAUUCAGUCCAUGCCAAACUCAUGCCCUCAUUUUACAGCUACUGCGUUGCAUCUGCAGUCUAUUGCUGCAGUUUUGGAAGCAAAUCUUGAAGCUGGCUCUAGAUUGUACAGAGAUGGUCGAUUGCGGAACAUAUUUAUGAUGAACAAUAUCUGCUACAUGGUCCAGAAAGUGAAGAACUCGGAUCUCAAAAGUUUUCUUGGUGACGACUGGAUCCGGAUGCACAAUCGAAUGUUUCAGCAUCAAGCAACGAACUAUGAACGGGCAUCGUGGAGUCAUGUCCUUUCUUACCUGAGUGAUGAUGGCUUAUGUGCUGCUGGAGAUAGUGCUUCUCGUAAAAUCAUUAGGGAGAAGUUCAAAAAUUUCAACCUGUCUUUUGAAGACGUUUAUCGAGUUCAGACAGCAUGGUCUGUCCCAGAUGACCAACUCCGGGAAGAUGUCAGGAUUUCCAUAUCACUGAAAGUUAUACAGGCUUAUAGAACAUUCUUGGGAAGAUACUCUUCCUUCCUUGAUGGAACGAAGCAGAGAGAUCGUUAUAUAAAGUACAGGCCUGAGGAUUUGGAGGAACUUUUGCUGGAUCUGUUUGAAGGAACUCAAAAAUCAUUGCAGCAUUCCAGCCGAGCUUGAAGCUUAAAGCACAGUUAUUCUUCAAGAGAUAUCACGGUGGUUGUAGUUUUAGUUUUGUAACAACUUUUCUCGAUGGUUUGCUUAUUUACUGUAUUGAUGUCCAUGCUCAAAAGAAUAUAUGUGUCGAUGCCUUGUUUUUGCGAAACUGCAUGAAUAUCUUGAUGGCAGUCAUGGUGAUUAAGGUGCCUCAUAGUUUCUGAAUAACAUUUAUAAGAGAAAUAGUGUAUAGUUUCUGAAUUUUA